UAGAUUUCAGGUUUUAAGACAACUGCAGCAUUAAGACAUAAACAUCUAUUCCCACUGAUUGUUUAAUUUUGUUUCAUAUAAGUGAUAUCUUACUUUUUACACAGGAUGAAAUUAAUUGUCUGUCUCCCACGUGUGUGAUGUGAUGAUGAGCGUGUGCUCAGUCAAAGUCAUUGAUCCCAGCAUCAGGCAGCAGAUCUGCUCUCUCUACAGGGUCAACACUUUCCCAGAUUCACACAGAGCUCUGUGAGUCUCUCUCCAUCACCCCCCCAGUCCUCCACCUGUUCCCCUGAGAUCUAACCAUUGUCCCCCGAGGCAAUACAAGAGCAUUCAGCGUGUUGCCGCUCCACAUGUCUUAUUGUCUCACCGAGCUCUCUGAUUGGCUGAGACUGUGAGAAAGUCCAGUGAAACCAGGACCCACACAUUGAUAUGGAGAUGUGGGACUAUAAAUAGGAGGGAUGAAGCCAGCAGAGAUCAGAUUCUCUCUACAGAGACCUCUACAGCACACAGAUCCAGACAUGGCACCUACAAUCACUGCAGCAAUGACCAAUUCUCAGGAGCAUCUCACUCUGACCCACAAGCUCAGAAAGCCUCUGGUGGAGAAGUUACGCAGAGAGCGAAUCAACAGCAGCAUUGAGCAGCUCAAGUCUCUCCUGGGUCCAGAGUUCCUCAAACAGCAGCCAGACUCCAAGCUGGAGAAAGCAGACAUCCUGGAGAUGACAGUUUGUGUCCUGACACAGCUGCAGCAGCAGCAUCAAGCUGUGGACUCAGCAGCUGUCAGUCAGGGCUACUCCAGGUGUGUCCAACAGGUGACACACUUCCUGUCCAAAGAGCAGGUGAAGACACAGUCCCAGAGAAGACUGCUGAACCACUUCAACAAGCUGCAGUCUUCCUCUGAUAACAACCUGACAGAGGCUGACUUCUCUCCUCUGAGCUCCACAGUCCAGACCAGCAUCACCAAAGAACAGAGUCCAGUCAACAGCGCCCUCUGGAGGCCGUGGUAGACACCUACAGACUGGAGUUACUACCAGACAAACUCAGAUGACCAUAUUGGUCAAAGAUUACUGGAAAUGAAUUCUUCUGAAUUCUGACAUUUGAUGAAUUUGUUCUUCUGUUUGUACACAAGGUUUUAUUUUGUGUGUUUUCCUGAGGAGACAGACAAACUCAGAUGACCAUACUGGUCAAAGAUGAUCAGACAUAUUAUUCUGAAAUGUGAUAAAUGUCUCUGUGCAAAGUGUUUUAAUUCAAGUUCAUACUGGACUGACAUUUCCAUUUAUUGUUUGGAAUAUUUUUCAAAGAUUAAGAAAUCUUUUUUGUUGCAGCACAACAUUGUAUUCUAUGAAUACCAUAUAUUCUCUUAUUGAUUUGUCAAUAUAAUCAAAAAUUGGCCAACACUGGUCAGCAUUAUCACACCUGUCUUUAACUUCUGUAAGUCUUCUGUAUCAUAUUGACCCAGUGACAGGAGUCAGUGAUCUCAGCUACUUUCUGGUGGCUCUUUCUCAUUUAUGUACCAAGCUGACUUUUUACCUAGUAAAAGAUCAUCGACCCAUGUUGGGUUUUGAAGUUCUCAUUUGUCAUCAGUAUGUCCUGUUGUGUCAGCAGUACUAAUGUAUAUCUGAAAGUUAUAGCCUCUCAAUGAGAGAGCAUUUGUUCACUUUGUUUAGUUUGUACUAAAUGAUUCCCAGUGUUUUGUAAAAAAAAAACACUGAAGCUGUUUACUCUACUUUGAGUCCAUUGUGUGGGACUACAACUUUAUACUGUGAUGCAUCAUCACCACGAGUGCCUCUAUGAUGUGGACCAUUCAAUAUUUUUGAAUAAAAAACAUCAACUGAA